AUGCGAUCGUCGGCUGAUUCUGCAGCUGUUGAGCUUCGACCUCUUCCUAACGAGGAAGACUCACUUGGGCGCGACCAUGACGAACAGAACGGCAGCCACGUUCAGGUUCUACCCCCAGUUGACCAAGGGCCCGAGGCUUGGAAGUUCCUUUUUGCUAGCUUCUUUGUCGAAGCGUUGCUUUGGGGCUUCCCUCUGAGUUAUGGUGUCUUCCAAGACUACUAUUCUCGCCAGCCUGAAUUUGCUGGGGAUAAUAAUAUUGCCAUUAUUGGAACUUUGUCAACAAGCAUCUAUUUCAUUGGCGCCCCGUUUGCGAUGCCUCUUGUCAAGAGAUACCAGCGAUUCCAACGCUACAUGGUCGUGGCUGGCUGGUCUGGCUGCGCCCUGUCCCUCUUCGCUGCAUCCUUCUGCACGUCCGUCAAGGGCCUCAUUGCUACUCAAGGCAUUUUCUACGGAGUUAGCUUCUUGAUGCUAUACUUUCCAUUGCUGCGCAUGCUGAACGAAUGGUUUGUUCAGCGGCGCGGAUUCGCCUACGGGGUCCUCUACGGCGGAGGCGGUGCGAGUGGCGUUGGCUUGCCCUUCCUCCUCGAGAUGCUGCUGUCAAAGUACGGCUAUCGAAAAACCCUUCAGGUGGUCGCAGUUGCUCAGUUUGUCUUGAUUGCACCAGUCCUCCCUUUUGUCAAGGGCCGACUGCCCACUUCAGCUCACUCUGCAUUUCGCACAGUCGACAUUCAAUUUCUCUCGGAGCCUUUGUUCUAUUGCUUUGCCGUAUCUAACCUUUUUCAAGGGUUUGCAUACUAUAUUCCCUCACUGUAUCUCCCCUCUUUUGCUUCUGAUUUGGGCUUGUCUACCACCAUGGGUGCUCUUAUUCUGGCAUUGAACAACGGAGCGACUGUAUUUGGACAAGUUGGAUUUGGUUUGCUCUCUGAUCGGGUCAACAAUGUCCUUAUUCUUGUUUGCGUGUCCUCACUUGCAUCUGCGAUCGCAUCCUUCACUCUGUGGGGGUGUGCACGUUCCCUCGAAACGAUCAUGACGUUUUCUCUUGUCUAUGGUUGGUUUGCUGGAGGAUAUGUUGUGUUUUGGACCAAAUUUGGCUCGGUUCUAUCUGAAGAUCCACAACUGCCCUUUAGUCUCAUGGCUUUUGGCAGAGGUAUUGGAAAUAUCGCGACUGGUCCGCUCGCUGCGAGCUUGACAACCGGCUCUGUGAUGUCGGGGUAUGGUUUGGGGAAGUUCCAACCCCUGAUCAUCUUCCUUGGAAGCUGUAUGCUCUGUUCAUCGUUUGGUAUACUUGGCUACCCUCUGAAGCGACAACCGGCAAGAUUAUAA